UACUUUUCCUCUCGGAUGUGCACAAAGUCUGUGCGUCGUCCUCUUUGUGACGUCACACACAUUGUCAGCGACCCUGCAAUCGCAGCGGUACGGUCGAGGCGGAGAACCGUCGUCAUCGUUCGAAUGAAAAUGGCCGCAGGACCUCUUUCUGUUUCCUCAAACGCGUCCACAAACAAUGAUGGCAUCCUUAUUGGUGACAAAGUUUACUCCGAAGUGUACCUUACGAUCGACAAUUCGCUCAUUCCGGAGGAAAGGCUCUCUCCGACGCCGUCAAUGCUCGACGGCCUCGACCUACACACAGAGACCGACCUUCGCAUCCUGGGAUGUGAGCUGAUUCAGUCGGCGGGGAUUCUUCUCCGUUUACCACAGGUAGCCAUGGCAACCGGGCAAGUGCUUUUUCAUCGUUUCUUUUACUCCAAGUCCUUCGUAAAGCAUAAUUUUGAGAUUGUCGCUAUGGCUUGUGUUAACUUGGCCUCCAAGAUCGAAGAAGCACCCAGGCGAAUACGAGAUGUCAUCAACGUCUUCCAUCACUUGAAGCAGAUACGAGUCAAAAAGACUCCAAGUUCAUUGAUUCUUGAUCAGAACUACAUUAACACCAAAAAUCAAGUCAUCAAAGCUGAGCGGCGUGUUCUAAAGGAGUUGGGCUUCUGUGUGCAUGUCAAGCAUCCCCACAAGAUUAUUGUCAUGUACCUGCAAGUCCUGGAGUGUGAAAAGAACCAGACACUGGUCCAGACAGCCUGGAACUACAUGAAUGACAGCUUGAGGACAAAUGUUUUUGUGAGGUUCCAAGCGGAGACCAUUGCCUGUGCCUGCAUAUACCUUGCUGCUCGAGCUCUGCAGAUACCCCUACCAUCCAGACCGCACUGGUACUUGCUGUUUGGAGCAACCGAUGAUGAGAUUAAAGACAUCUGUAUCACAACCCUGAAACUAUAUACAAGGAAGAAGCCAAACUACGAGCAGCUGGAGAAGGAAGUGGAGCGGAGGAAGGUGUUCAUAGCGGAAGCUAAACUGAAGGCCAAAGGACUCAAUCCUGACGGCACCCCAGCUUUGUCCACUCUGGGGGGCUUCUCACCUGCUUCCAAACCCUCGUCUCCAAAUGUGGUGAAAGUAGAAGAGAAGUCCCCCAACAGCCAGACGGCCAAAGCGGUUAAGAAGGAGCCAGAUAGUCGCACUCAGAUUACCAAGAGUCCACACAACGGGUUGCGAAAAGAGGUAAAGAUUGGGAGGAAUAGUAGAAGCGGAAGUCGUUCCCGCUCAAGAACGCGUUCGCGCUCCAGAUCUCCCCGCAGACAUUACAACAGCAGGCGCAGUCGCUCAGGGACUUAUAGCUCUCGCUCACGCUCUCGAUCUCACAGUCGGAGUCCUUCCCCUCGGAGACAUCCUCCUUCACCGCUCCUCCCUCACUUAAAGUCCAAGGCAAGCCAUCAUGGCAACAGUGACACUAAGACAAGUGGACGCCACGGCAACAGUGGCAGCAGUCACAAGAGGAAGCGCUCGCGCUCACGUUCCCGCAGUCCGGUCAAAGUUGACCGGGAGCGGGACAGAGAGAGGGAGAGGGACAGAGAGCGUAGCGCCUUUGACCUGUCCUCGAAGAAACACAAACAUGAGCGAGGCGGCGGCCAUCGAGGCGACAGGAGAGACAGGGAGAGAUCCCGCUCCUAUGAAAGAGAAAGGGACAGGGAGCGUAGUCACAAGAGCAAGCAUCACAGCAGCGGCGGACAUUCAGGACACAGUCGACAUCGGCGCUGAAGCGUACCGAUAUUUUCUUUCCAUGUUGACGGAAUGAUGAUGUUCACCCAAAGUACCAGUCAUUGUGUGGGACUUCGGAACAAGAACUAGGAAAAAUGUAAAUAACGCCAAGCCUCACUUCCUCACUGAACGUACGCCAACAUGACCUGCCUUUUUGUUGGGUGUCUACAUUUCUCAAACAUCUUUACUGCGAACAUUUUCUUUUUCUUCAUAGGAAGGUUCAUUUUGGUACAAACAAGUAAUCAAGACGUUUAUAGCUCAUGUUGAUGAUUUGUCACCUGAACGCAACAUGGGUUUGCUUCUUGAAAUAGCCUGUCUGCUUGAUGUCACACCUGCAGCUAACAUUUAGCACAGGUGAUGUUCAUGGAGAUUGUCUGAGGAACCCAGGCCGUGGCCAACAUAACCAGCAGCCCACCGCUCAUGUCGUUAAUGUCACAUGACUAACGUACUGUGAUGUGGGCACAGAGCAGCCCCCCCACCCCCAAAAACCCACACUCACCACCGCCACCAUCCCUCUGGCCUGCCCUGUCUGGUGGAUUUCACGUGAAGUUGCAUUUAGACAGCAAAACAUCUAUUUACAGUGUAAAGUUGGAUUGAUAUUCACUGACUAUGUUGAAUGCUUUAAUUUUUUAAAGCCGAGUUUAAGUGUUCAGUGGAUUAGGUUGAACUUGUGUAAAAAUAAAACCGUUCAGGAAAGACGAGUAUGUUUGCACACGGAGUGAUUGGCAGGCAGGUUGUAUUUUUGUGUUUUCUUGUCAACAUAUGUAAGUAGCUUAAGUGCUUUUUGUUUUCGUUUUCUUUCUUUUUUCAAUUUUCCAAAGAGCUGUUUUGAUAUCAAGCAGGUAUUUUUCUGUUUUCAUCAGGGGAUGCAGACUCCAUUAGAAAAUGUUUUAGGGCAGUUAACUGGUUACACUGGUUUUUAGUCUGCACUUAUUCAUGUCCAAUUUUUAUUCAAUAAAUGAGUUAUAGCACCAAA